CGCGGACCAAUGGGGUGCGAGAAGGAGCCGCUUUAAUAAUCCUGCACUUCGCCCUUGACGAAGACGGUGUUGGCGGUGGUUGUCGGGGCGUCUCUCGGCGGCCGCGCUCUCUCGCCUCGACGAUGGCGCUUCCCCUCGUCGCGCUCGUCGUCGCCCUGGCAGCGUUGUCGUCCUCCUCCAUGGCGGCUCAGCCCGAUUACGAUAUCAAGACGUCGCCCGACAUCACCCUGUCCAACAAAACGACGGAGGAGAGGCUGCAGUGCAACCUCACGCUGCCCCAGUCGUUUUCGGCGAACGAGAUCAAUUGUCACUGGGAGAAGGACGGAGAGCAGAUCGGGACGGAGCAAACGGUGCAGAUCACCGCUUCACGCAUCGCCACCUUGGACUAUACGAUCGCCAAAGCCAAGGCCGAGCACUCGGGCGUCUACGUCUGCGUCUUCCAAACCUCGCCCCUUGCCAAGGGCAACAUCACCGUGAAAUCUUGGCCAGAAAUCACGACCCACAAGAAGUCCGAGAACCACGGGGAGGGCGACGCCGCCGAGCUGGUGUGCAAGUGCAACGGCUACCCGGACGUCGACUGGACCUGGAGUUACAAGCCCAGAGACAAUGAUGUCAGUAACGUGGUGGGGGUGACCAACGGCUCGCGCGACGGGCGGCUCACCAUCGCCAGCACCGGCAACCAGACGGUGCUGUCGCUGCACGGCCUGGUGGUGGACACGGACGGCGGCGAGUACACGUGCCAGGCCACCAACAGCGAGGGCACCGCCACGCACACCUUGCUGCUGCGUGUGCGCAGCCGCCUCGCCGCCCUGUGGCCCUUCCUGGGCAUCGUGGCCGAGGUGGUCAUCCUCAUCGCCAUCAUCUUCAUCUACGAGAAACGCAAGAAGCCCGACGAUGUGCCCGACGAUGACGACCCAGCUCCCCUGAAGAGCAACUCCACCAACAAUCACAAGGAGAAGGUUCGUCAGCGCAAUACUAAUUAACUUAGUAUACGGAGGUUUAGCGUUGCCGCUUCCUCCUUGGCCCGGCUUGUGGCAGCCGCUUCUGUCCUGCUCAAAGCUCCAUCAGCAACCACAACAACACCACCACCACAACGACACCACCACCACAACGACACCACCACCACAACGACACCACCACCACAACGACACCACCACCACAACGACACCACCACCACAACGACACCACCACCACAACGACACCACCACCACAACCAACCCUCUGCUUUCGAAGAUAUACGCGAGGGCACGCGCACGCACACACACAAUUCUAUAUUGAACGAACGUAUGUGUAGGUGUGAUGAUAAUAAUAAUGAUAAUCGUUCUAAUUUUGAGUAUUACGUGUAAUUUUUAUUUCCCUUUCCAAACGUCUUGUUUUCUCCCCAUCCCUAUUCGCGCGCGUUCGUGCGGGCUUAGCUUGUUUUAGCUCACUGGCGCAAUAACUUAACAACGUGAUCCCACCGUGGGGGAUAGUUUUACGGCAAUCGUUGGCCGGCAAGGAAUCAACGAUGGGCAACUGUGGGCAACCAUGGGCAAGCAUGGCAAAUUGGGCAGGGCAGCAGAAUUCGUUUGGUGAUUGUCAACUGCUCGGUCAGUACAAGAUCACAAUGGCAACGCGACCAAGAACGUUCACGGCACUCCCGCACGCUCCUGUCCAACGAAGUCUCCCCUCUCCACCAGAUCCUGCGGCGGCUGCUGCUGUGGCUGCCGCAUAGAGAUCUGCAGAUUCCUAUCGGAGACUAUAGACUCGCACACCGGUCGAGACCCAUACACACACAAACUCGUCAGUCUGCCCUGACAGUCACACUCGCCCAUCCCGCCAUCUGGCCUUGGGCUCGCAUAGAGAUCUGCAGAUUCCUAUCGGAGACUAUAGACUCGCACACCGGUCGAGACCCAUACACACACAAGCUCGUCAGUCUGCCCUGACAGUCUUACUCGCUCAUCCGACCAUCUGGCCUUAGACUCCCGUAGAAAUAUGCAGAAUCGUACAGGAGACAGACCCGUAGACUCGCGCUCCCAACGGAGACCCUUGGACUCGCGUAGAGACCCAGAUCCCCGUGCAGACCACCCCCAAAGUCUGUCCCGGCAAUCGGCCCUUGCCUUUUCCGCACACACACACACAUCCCACCCAGCGUAGCGGAUUGAUCAAUACAACUCACUGCACGACGGCCUUUCUAUCUCGCUCUCACCUGCCCACAUCGCACGCACGCACCGGACGUCAAUCGGCCCUUUCUCUAACGGAGAGGAUGGGGCUUGAUGUCAUCGGUUGGGCCGCGCCACGGCUGAAAGUUGCCAUCGCCAGUUGUGCUCGCGACGGAUCGCUGCGGUGGGAUCCGUUCAACAUUUUUUGGGCCAAUGAAGCAUUAUUAGGUUACUUUUGAAGGCACACGAGUUUUGUUUAUUUUUUCCCAUCGCAAUCGGCGACUGCGGAAACAGUUUUUUGCCGGCAAACUAUUUGCCCUUCAAUUUCCUUCGGUACACCCCCCACCCCCAACACACCCUUCGGCCUUUACGUUGCAAACAUUUUGUAAAACGUUCGCAGGAAUUUGGGGUCUGGAAAAUCACGAACUUGGGCGGGCGGGGGGGGGUCCCUCGCCGACCAGCGGUCGGUGAACGGUAAACAACGCUUGAAGCCGCUGUGGUGGUGCCGCUCGUUGAUUUGACCGCGCCAAGGUUGCGCCGACAGUGCCGCCGCCAGCGCGCCGCAGGGCGGAGGUGCGACUCCCCGUCCACGCGACUCCCCGUCCACGCGACUCCCCGUCCACGCUGGCAGCGCGAUCGCCAACGCCGCGAGCGCCGACGUCCCCUCUCGGCCUUGUCCACACCACCAGCCCCUGAGCCGAACCUUCCGGCUGCAUCGUCGUUGAGACCGCCAAUAAAGCACGGCAGUCGCGAAUGCCCGCUGCUGCUGCUGCUACCAACCCCCUAUACCAGGGGUCGGCAACCUACGGCUCCGGAGCCGCAUGCGGCUCUUUACGGGCUGCUUCUUGACGAUGAGUACGUAUGUACUCAGAUGCAUUGCGGCUCUUGAAAUACUGAAUUUUGUACCGAAUUGGAAAGAAAUGGCUCUUCUUGUUAUUUUGGUUGCCGACCCCUGCCCUAUACCAUCCGGGAUUGUCUUGACGGUCAUUGGGUCUCGUACGGGAGGGCGGCUCACGCGAAUCCGGUCACAGAAGGUCACACGUUUGGCGCGACGGUCCUACGCUAACUGCAUAAAGAAGGGGAAGGUCUCGUACACAGUCGGCUUUUGAGCCUGGUGAUCUGGGCAAGGCACAUUGAGCGCGGUGGUCACGUGACGCACCCUGUGGGCACAGCUGCAGCAGCAGCAGCAGCGCACCUCUGCGCGUUGCAGCUCGGCGCGUGUUUCCGGCCCCACGACGCCUGCUGUUCGUGACGAGGAGGGACGGUCUCACCGUUCGCCAGGGGGGAGAGGCUCUGCGAGGUCACGUGACCGCUGCCGCCCCCCCCCCCCACCUCGUGGCGUGAGUGCGUGCAGUUUUUACAAAAUAGGUUGUAACGCACACGUGUCCGUGUCGUCGCUGCAAUGGGGGUGUGCCAUUUCUCUCCUGCCGUCCCACGAAUUACUGAAUUACUCGCUCUGUCUCCGUAGAAGCUUAUCCUUUUGUGUUGGUGCAUGACUGUGAUCGUCGAAGCGUGUGAUUUAACAAAGUUAUAUCGUUGCAUGCCUUCUCUCCCCCCCACCCAACCCCCUCGCCCUCCAUCGCUAAGAGAUUGCGAAGAGAAUUUUAACGAUGAGUUGGAUUCCAAAGGGCGGAGAGAUUAUUUUGUUUUUCUUUUGCGCUCUCCACGUGUGGAUUUGGCAUGACGGCCGCCGGCGGGUUAAACAAUCUUUAACCGCGGCGGCCACAGUGGCGAGGUGUCGCCUCGCCUGGUAUACAGGACGUCGUGGGUUCGAACCCGACCUUGACGCUGUAUAUUUAGAGUUUGCGUGCGUGUCUCUCUCUCUCCCCGUGGUCGCGUGGAAUUUUCUCCGGUUGCUCCCCUCCACAUUUAGAUUCGAUAUCACGCCGUUAGAUUAUUUGGCUACUGCUUUAAAAUUUCCACACGAUGAUGAUAACACCACUUGGUUGAGCUAUCAUUUGUGAUCGCCAGGUGGCUGCUAAGAAAGAGCUGUGUAUAGCAGUUCAGUGGCGCCUUACCUGGUAAACAAAAAAAAUCGUUGAAAGAAAUCAAACAUAAAAACUCCGCGCUAAAACAAAAAUGCAGUCGGAUUACUAGCGGCCGGGGUGUGAAAAAUAUUUAUAAUUUUGCCGUUUAAAAAAAAAAAAUCUUGCCUGUUGUUAAUCGUGGCGUUAAGUACUUGGUGGAAAUUCAAAAUUUGCUGACGAUUGUGAAUCUGUAGCGCGCUACUCCUAUCGCUCGUAGCUCACCCCGUCCGCUGGGGAUUUAUUUUUUUUGGGGGGGAGGGGGGGAGGAGGAGAGUUUGUAAUUAACAAUUAAACAUCAUUGCAUGUUUUUUUUGCGCACGCUCCCGUGUCGUUGCGCCGUGUGUGUUUGUGUGUACUCAUUUAACACGACCGCUUACUCCUCGAUGAAGGGGGUGGGGGGUUAAUUUUAGUUUGUUUUCAUUUCGUGGAAUCGUCGUCCGUCGCGGUGACUCAGCCACGCGGCGUCCUCACGGAUAUCUUCCGUCACGGCGCUGCUCUCGGCCGCUCGGCCGUUCACCAUCACGGGGAACGGACCCCCCCCCCCCCCCCCCCCGUACGUUCCGUGUAAAUAAUCUCGCUUCCUUGGAGUUUCCUCUCAUUUCUGAGCGCACGCGUGCCACCCACGCACCCGCUCACGCACGCACCCGUCGCUUCAUUCACGGCCGUGUCACCGAUUGUAUUUCUCCCCCGUUCAGAAAAUAAAAGACUGGAUUCUG